GCCUCACCUUCAAUCAUGUCUGGUCGCGGGAAGCAGGGAGGCAAGGCCCGCGCCAAGGCCAAGUCGCGCUCGUCCCGCGCCGGCCUGCAGUUCCCGGUGGGCCGAGUGCACCGCCUGCUGCGCAAGGGCAACUACGCCGAGCGGGUGGGGGCCGGCGCGCCGGUGUACAUGGCCGCGGUGCUGGAGUACCUGACGGCGGAAAUCCUGGAGCUGGCGGGGAACGCGGCCCGAGACAACAAGAAGACGCGCAUCAUCCCCCGCCACCUCCAGCUGGCCAUCCGCAACGACGAGGAGCUGAACAAGCUGUUGGGCAAAGUCACCAUCGCCCAGGGCGGCGUUUUGCCCAACAUCCAGGCCGUUCUCUUACCAAAGAAAACUGAAAGCCACAAAGCCAAAAGUAAAUAAAACACUGAUAAGCCAAAGACCAAAGGCUCUUUUUAGAGCCACCCAAGUUUUCAAAAAAAGAGCUAAUGCGCUAUUUCGUUAUCAGCCCCUCCAUUGACAUUUUGGUGGCUCUUAAAAGAGCCUUUGGGGUUAGUGGGGAUGGUCUCGACCUUCCUAAUUACUUGUUUUUGCCAGGCUUGUGACUCUCCGUUUUCUUGGGCAACAAGACCGCCUGGAUAUUGGGCAAGACGCCGCCCUGGGCAAUGGUGACCCCCCCAAGUAACUUGUUGAGCUCUUCGUCGUUUCUCACGGCUAGCUGCAA